AUGACAGGUGCACAGUCAGGGCUGCACACAGCCAAGCAUGCCAGCCAUGCGCUCUUCUCGCUCAUCCUUCUCCCGCAGGAGUACAUCGGCGAGGACAGCAAUCGCAUGUCGCUGGCAUAUUUCUCUCUAGGUAUCCUCAGCCUCUCGGGGGCUCUCUCCGAGCCAUCUCCUUCCGCCCGGCUACCGGAACGGCGCAGAACAGAGUAUCUUGCAUGGAUCUACGCUCAGCAAUCUUCUUCGGGCGGCUUCAGGGGUGCUCCAGGAUCAGACGAGUCUCAUCUCGCAAUGACCUAUACUGCCUUGCUCUCUCUUGCCAUGCUAGGCGACACUUCGCUCUCACACGUCGACCGAGUAGGAGCAGUCGCGUUUGUGAAAGCGUGUCAGGGUAGAGAUGGCAGUUUUGCGCCUUUUCCGCGCUCGAACGAGAGAGAUGUCAGGUUCAGCUACUGUGCUUGCGCCAUCGCUACCCUGCUGGACGACUGGUCUUGCAUCGAUCGAGAUAGUCUGGUGCACUAUCUCCUGCGAUGUAGAGGCUUCGAUGGCGCGUUCGGCCAAGUACCGGGAGCAGAAUCACAAGGCGGAACGACGUAUUGCUGUCUUGCAAGUCUUGCCAUGGCAGACAGCUUGCACAAGAUAGACGAUCCUGCCAGUCUCAUCCGGUGGAGUGUGAGCCGCCAAGUCGAGCCAGAUGAGGAACAGCGCGAGGCGUUGGCUGAAAGAGGGCAGACUGACCGUAUGGCAGGCUUCGAGGGCCGACCUGGCAAACCGCCAGAUGCUUGCUACUCUUUCUGGCAGACUGCCAGCUUGCAGAUCCUAGGCGAGGAUGUUGGCGAUGUACGAGCAGACACGGCCUGGCUGCUAGCUUGUCAAGACGAACGAAGAGGAGGGAUUGCUCGGUCGCCAGGCGAUUACUCAGGUGAGCGCGGUACUGCCCUGUGCGCGCAGGGCGUGACGAGGGAGGCGAGGCAGAUAUCUACCAUUCGUAUCUCAGCUUGGCAGCGCUUGCCAUGCACAGAGUGA